AUGGAUGACUCAGCGGUCCAGCAGCUCCAGUCACAUGACCUGUCCCAGCCGCGAUUCCACGAAUUGCGCCAGGAACUCGCGACAAUGCUUAUCCCCAAGGCCGACCGCAAGAAGAUCCACGAGUACCUCUUCCGCGAGGGUGUGCUCGUGGCCAAGAAGGACUUCAACCUUCCCAAGCACGGUGACAUUGACACCAAGAACCUCUUUGUCAUCAAGGCUAUGCAGUCCCUGAACUCCCGUGGCUUCGUCAAGACCCAGUUCUCGUGGCAGUACUACUACUACACCCUCACCCCCGAGGCAGCGCUCCCACGCUCCCCCCGCGGCAUGAUGGGCGGUGAGGACCGUGAGCGUCGUCCCCGUGCUCCCCGUGAGGGUCGCGAGGGUGGCUACCGCCGCCGUGAGGAGGGUGGCAAGGAGGGCGGUGCCCCCGGCGAGUUCGCUCCUUCCUUCCGUGGUGGCUUCGGCCGUGGCCGCGGUGCUCCCCAGCAGCAGUAA